CACACACACACACACACACACACACACACACACACACCUCAGGACACAUUCUAAGCCACAGAGAGGGACACUCACUGCUGCUUAUCACUGGUGGGAUGGAGGGGGGCUAACCGCGUGGACAUUUUCUAUCUUUUAGGCUGGUUUUUUUGUUGUUAUCUGACAGCUGUUUGUGGAAUAAUGAUCAAACAUUCUUGAUGGGACUGGCUGGCAAGUGAAGGGAAGAAGAAGCAAUUCAGGAAAUGCACUGUGGGCAUCGACUGGCAGCAGCCUGAAAGUGAGGUAAAUUUGUUUUUUUUUUUUUGCAGGCGCCCCUUGCUAAGGGGAAACAACAGCACCUAUCAACACCAGCACCACGGCCAUGCAUCCAUCAGGAGAUCCCUAACACCGUUAAGUUCAGCCUGAGACCCCGUCACCUGGGCCCUCUGACGCCCUCAUGACUCCAGGCCGUCUGGCUCACAACUACCCCGUCAACUUCAGGCACUGCAGACCUGGGAGACCCCAGGGUCACCUUUGCCCUUGAUGCAUGGAUCCCGACAGGACUGGGGGCAGAGGAAUGAGGAGGAACAUGUUCCUCUGGUGGAUCUUAUUGCUUUUAUCCCAAGGAUUUGUAUUUCACAACGUCCAAGGGGAACUUCCUUUUAUGGCGGGGAACAACGCUGCCAUGCUGGUCAACUGGAAUGCUGUUGACGGAAACAAGAAGUUGUUCGCCAUCUAUGACACGAGCGUCAACGAACCGGGCAACAUGUCUUUCGUGAAGGAGACGGUGGAUAAACUACUGAAGGGAUAUGAUAUCCGACUGAGGCCGGACUUUGGAGGGGCCCCAGUUGCAGUCGGGAUGAGCAUAGACGUGGCCAGCAUAGACAUGGUGUCAGAAGUCAACAUGGACUACACGUUGACCAUGUAUUUCCAACAGUACUGGAGGGACAAGCGUCUAGCCUACUUAGGAAUCCCUCUCAACUUGACCCUGGAUAACAGGGUUGCUGAUCAGCUCUGGGUCCCCGACACCUACUUCCUCAACGACAAGAAGUCUUUCGUCCACGGAGUCACAGUCAAAAACCGAAUGAUCCGCCUGCAUCCAGAUGGAACGGUUCUCUACGGCCUCAGGAUAACUACAACAGCAGCGUGUAUGAUGGAUCUCAGGAGGUAUCCCCUGGACGAACAGAACUGCACUCUGGAGAUAGAGAGCUAUGGCUACACCACAGACGACAUCGAGUUCUACUGGAAAGGAGGCGAGUCGGCCGUAACGGGGGUGACACGAAUCGAGCUGCCACAGUUCUCCAUUGUCGAUUACAAGUUGGUGUCCAGAAACGUAGUCUUUUCCACAGGUGCCUACCCUCGACUGUCUCUGAGCUUCAAGCUGAAGAGGAACAUUGGCUACUUCAUCCUGCAGACGUACAUGCCAUCGAUCCUGAUUACCAUCCUCUCCUGGGUCUCCUUCUGGAUAAACUAUGAUGCAUCAGCAGCCAGAGUGGCACUAGGGAUCACCACGGUGCUGACAAUGACCACUAUCAACACCCACUUGAGAGAGACGCUGCCCAAGAUCCCCUACGUCAAGGCCAUCGACAUGUAUCUGAUGGGCUGUUUCGUCAUGGUCUUCCUCGCCCUGCUGGAGUACGCCUUCGUCAACUACAUCUUCUUCGGGAGGGGCCCUCAGAUGCAAAAGAAGCUAGCGGAGAAGGCCGAGAAGGCCAACAACGAGAAGGCGGCCAAGUACGACGCUGCAAGGGAGGCAGGUAGUAGGACCGCGUCCCUAAAACGGUCCAAUCAGGUUAAAGGUCUUCGCCACUCACGCUCGGCGGAAACACAUGGCCACGGGAACAUCCUGCUAACCACCCUGGAGAUCCAUAACGAAGUGGCGGGAGGCGAGAUCACCACCAGCGUGGCAGACAUUAGGAACUCUCAGUCCAUGGUGCAGUUGGACAGCACGGCAUCGACGCACAUCCAGUACCGCAAGCAGAGCGGCGGGAUCGGCCCGCGCUCCGCCAGCCGCCACUCCUUGGACCGGGCCGCCCAGAUUAAACGCAGCCGCCUGCGGAGGCGGUCCUCGCAGCUCAAAAUCAAAAUCCCCGACCUGACAGAUGUGAACGCCAUCGACCGCUGGUCACGGAUCAUCUUCCCUUCGGUUUUCUCGCUGUUCAACCUCAUCUACUGGCUCUACUACGUCUGAAUGGUCUGUUUUGUUGAAAUGUGUGUUGUUGUUUGUUUGAUUAUUUUUUCAUUUUGUUCCUUUUUGUUCCUUUUUUUCCUGUUGCUUUUAUACACGAUGGAAUCGGUCAAGUUAAAGACUGCAACACUACAAGACAAAAAAAAAAAAAAGCUGACUGAGAAAAGACUACGGAGUUUUGGACCAAGUUCUCGUCAAAUUGUUUUUAUAUUUGCAGUCUUUGAAUCCUUAGUACCAAGGUCUUUUUAUUUUCUAAAGUAUGUACUGUAAUUGGGACUUGUGACAGUCAUUUCCCAACAUUUGCCCUCUCAGUAAUGUGUAAAUAGAGAGAUACAAAGCCAGCAAUUGAAUAAAUAAUACAGUAUUUGCAAAAAAACCAACAACACAAUAGAAGUUAAUGCAAGGAUUUUUCUAAUCACAAAAAACAAGUAAGAAAACUUUAUACUACACAGGCGUUCAGAUAAGUGCAGGCAAUUCCAAAAAAGUCCAUUAAACAAACUAAUGUAUGUUUGACUGGUACCCUAUGCACUAUUAAUGCAUGUAAUGAUCAGCCAUAGUGAGAAAAAAUAACAACUCCUUUUUUUGCCUUGGGUUAUGUCACAACUUUACAGAAGACUGUGUAUUUGUUUAUUUAGAAUAUACAGUGUACUUGCUAUUAACUAUAUCACGCAUCGAUCUGGUAAACCCUCACCCAAACACAAUAAUUUAAAGUAAAGAGGAUUUUGCCCUCUGUUCAGGAUGAUUGUGACUCAGGUUCUGAAAUGUUUUGCUAUUUGGCAUCUUUUUCUUGACAAAGAAAAGUGUCACUGAACUAUCCUUUUUUGGGUAAUUUGAUAAGGAGAAAAAAAAAAGCACAAAUACGAAUGAAACUGCCAUUUUCUCGCUUCUACCUUCUCGCAACAGCGCUUCAAAGUGAUAGCAUGACAGAAUUGCACUCAAAUUGAUCAAACUUCCUCUCGAAACUGUCUGACUUUAACUUUACCAACUGCCAAGGGCCUUUUUGGGCGACACGGUUACUCAAACCCAUGAAAAUAUUAUGAUAUUUUUGUACUCUGUGUCUUCAGGUAUUCAUUUGAUUUCCUAACCCGUCUUGUUGGUUUUCUUUUUUUUUAUUAUUAUUUAUUUUGCUCAACACUAACUCUGUUGUGGUGAUAGAGUGGAGGAAAGAAACCCAUCGUUUGUAUAUAAGUACAUAAGUGUGUAUAUACAUAAAUGUAUAUAUAUAUACUGUGUGUACAACCCCAAAAUGAAAAUGAUCAAAUAUUGAGCAUUUUGUGAUUGUCAUACUGGCUGUCAGAAUAUUUAGUGCAAAAAAAAGAUGAGAAAAAAAACUAUUAAACUAAACAGGCCAGUUUCAAGCAUCAGUUUAGUUUUUGAGCAUUAGUGGGGUGGGUGGGGGGGGGCGCUCCGAGUACCUUUCUCCUCAAACAUCCGACCAUGUUAAAGUUCCACACUAGACACCGUAUGUAUGUACGUUCACUCUGCACUCUAGACUUACUGUAUGCCCCACCAUACAGCAGCAAGUGAUGCAAACGGAUUUCACCGAUUCCGCACACGGGCCCCGAUAAGCGGCCCCGUCGACUAAUAAGCACAUACUAGCACUGAAUGUAUUGGAUCCAUUCUUCAGGGAGAGGAUAAUGAGCCAUGGUCAUCAUUUCUCCAUUGGAAUGUAAACGCCCAUUCUCACGUCGCGAGCGGCGAAGAAAGCGAGGGAGGGUGUUUCAACAGUGUGUGCAUGUGCAUGUGUGUGUGUGUGUGUGUGAGUGAGAGAGAGAGCAAGCGAUGGGAAAUGGAUAAAGAGAGCUGGAGAGAGGAAGGGUGUGGGAAGACCAUUUAUUUUCUGUGCUGCUUGCUCGACUAUGGACAAAUGUCAACGUAUAAUAGUUUUGUGGAUAAAAAUAGCUCUCCUGCCCGACUCUUUUGAUAAACUGUCUGCCAUUCCACCUAAGGUCGCAGAGCAAUCAACCGGUUACGACUCACGGACGUUGAUGUAAAUUUUUACACAUUCUUGUUCAGUCAUAGACACAUGACAUACAUACACUGUGCAUGUACAAGAAUACAUGUGGGAGGGAAAAAAGCUACUUUAAGCUACUAUAAUAUUGAGUUCUGUUGUGAUUGAGAAGCUGGAGUCACUGGGAUCAAUUUAACUUAAAAAAUUGUAACGUUUUAUGUGUACAGACUAAUUGAUAUAUGACUAAGAACUGAAUGUAUUGUACUUGGAUUGUUGCUGCACAAAUGCAAUUUUCUUUCUGGAAACCUCAACCCUGAUUAAUCAGGCUUCUGGUUGAUUCCACAUUCAAGCGACCCCCCAAGUCUCUCGCUGGUUUUCUUGUCCUGUUUUCUACUGUGUAGACGGGGCGCAGCGAACACCUGGGUCCGAGAAAGCUCCGGUUACAGAUUAAAUUAUAUCUAUAUGUAUGAAAAGCCAAAACAUCUUGCUGAAGGUGUGUUCAGAAAGAAAGCGAAUUUGAUUGCUGUACAGUUCGACAGCCAAUGGACCAACUGGACUUAAGUAGUUAGCUAGCUAGCAACAGAUGCGUAGGAGUCAUACAAGAAACUCACACUUUUUCCCUACCACCUCUAUACAAUAUACAAUAAAAUUCACUCGCCGCUCUUUUUGAACACACUUUAAGAGGACGCUUUGGCUUUGGUCUUGGGCACAAAGCAAUGUUUUCAAAUGCAUUCAAGGUAGAGCGUUUUAAAGUCACGGAACCAGUUUGUCCAAAGAUGUUUCAAGCUGCUUUGUGUAGUUUCGACGAGGAAAUUUGUACCUGACAUUUCGAAACUGUCCAAAAAAAAGAAAAAAAAAUCUUCCUGGCUUCUGGUUCACUUUGAUUUAAACGAUUACUUGCGGGUCAUGUGUUGAGAUUUAAAAGCACGUUUUUGCAGUUGGUCAUUGUACGAGUCUUUUUGUUUCGGAAAAAUUUACCAAACUCAUUAGUGCAGUUGAAAAGUGAACGAGACGGUAACUGUUACAAACUCUAGCUACUUGUUUAUCAUGCAUGCAACUACAAUUCGUAACUUGGAAGAUUUUUUUAAAAAGAUAUUUUGCAAACUCACUUAUAAGAGCUGCCAACUGCUCAUUUUAGAGAUGACAUUAUGCCAUGUGAGCCUACAUUAAAAAUAAAAAAAAGUAACAAAAAAAAAAAAAUACAAAACAAAACAAACAAAAAAAAAAAGAGUCAUCAAAGACUUCAGGUGUUGUAUGGCCUUGGUCCCAUAAUGGAAUGUGAAAUGUUCUGUGCUGCCACAAAAUGUAUUUAGGCUUAGAUUUAUACUGUAUAUCUCUGUAUGUUUCUCUUCCUUUUUCAAUAGAUUAUCAUGUUAAACCAUCAAAUAAAUUAUAUACAUUGUA